CCCCCCGAGAAGGGGUCCCCGCGGGAGCCGCCGCCCCCGGCCCUGCCCGCACUCCUGGGGCCGGGCAGCGGCCGCCGAGGGGCUCUUUGUUUACCAAUCGGUGGCACGGACCGGGAGAGCAGGAAAUUGCGUCUGUGCCCGGGCCGUUAAUUUAAAAUCGCCCCUUUCCCCCAUCGCCUUCCCCACGGCCCGCUCCCCGCCGCGGCGGGGGCUCGUCCGCCCGCUCCCGGCUCCGGCGGCCGGGGGAUGCGCAGAGGAGCGCGGGGGAGGGCCGGGCCGGAGGAAUAAGGACCCGUCUUCUUCCCCGGUCCCACCCCCGGCCGCUUCCUCUGCAGCUCCCUCCCAUCGGCCUCCCCUUCCCCUCCGCCCCCCUAAAAUCACACACACACCCCGCUUCUCCCCAUCUCCCAAUACUGAUUUCCUCGCACGCGAAUCCCAGCGCAGCGCGGCGAGCCCCGGCACCGGCUGUUCCCCCGCCCGCUCCCGCCGCCUCCCCACCGGCACCGGGACCGGCGCUCCAUGGAAGGGCAACGGCUGCGGCCGGAGCGCCUGAAGUUUGCCCGGAGCGAGGUGCCGCGGGAGGGAUGAGCGAUGGAGGGGCCGAGCCUGGCAGGAGCCCCGUGCUGCUGGCCGAGCCCGCAGCCACCGGGCGGGCCCGGGAGAAGGCGCCGACCCGGGCGGAGCUGGAGAGCGCUCUGCGCGGCGGCGGCGGCGGCCGCGGCGGCUUCAAGGACAUCCCGGGAACGUCGGCGGUCAGCCCCGGCUCCUCCAAGGAGUGCGCCCCGGACAGCGAGAGCCCGUCGGGAACCGGCGAGGCGGACUACUGCCGCCGCAUCCUGGUGCGAGAUGCCAAAGGGACGAUCCGGGAGAUUGUGCUCCCCAAGGGCUUGGACCUGGACCGGCCCAAACGGACGCGGACAUCCUUCACAGCGGAGCAGCUCUACCGCCUGGAGCUGGAGUUCCAGCGCUGCCAGUACGUGGUGGGCAGGGAGAGGACGGAGCUAGCGCGGCAGCUCAACCUCUCCGAGACCCAGGUCAAGGUCUGGUUCCAGAACCGGCGCACCAAGCAGAAGAAGGACCAGAGCAGGGACUCUGAGAAACGCUCCACCACCACCUCCGAGUCCUUUGCCACCUGCAACAUCCUCCGGCUGCUGGAGCAAGGCCGGCUCCUCUCCGUCCCGGCCCCCCCCAGCCUCCUCUCUCCCACCUCCAACCCCAUCGGCAGUCCUACGGGCAACGGAUCUGGCUUGGCCACCCCGGGAACCACCUCUCCCGGGCUCGGCGGCGGGAGCAGCCCACCGGGACCGGGAGCCUUCAGCCUGCAGGUCCCUUCUCUUGCCUCUUCCUCCUCCUCCUCGUCCUCGCCCAGGCUGCCGGCCGCCCCGCUGUGCUUUGCGGGGCCGUUCCUGGGCAGCCUGCACGACCUCCCGGGCGCUUACGGACUGGGCACUUCUGCUUUUGAGCCUUACACGCGGCUGGAAAGGAAAGACAAUUCUAUACCCAGCAAGAAGCCAAGCCCUUAAAUGAAAAUGAGUGUCAAAAGGUGUCCCCCCCUCCACCAGCCCCCACGUCCCCAUGCACCCUGUGCCCCCACAUGGGGUUUGAUUUGGCAAGUGGGAUGUGGAAGACUGUUCGCCUUCUGUCUGGGGGGUGUGUGUGCCCGUGCGAGUGUGUGCACACACGUGUGAGUGUGCAUGCCUGCCCCCCCCCCCCCCGGCACGCCAAUGCAGCCGUGGAUGACUCCCUGCAACUCCUUGCUGCAGGGCUGGCGCUGAACCCGCUCACACCUCAGGGGGUGUUCCUGGGUGUCCCGUGUCACCAGCGAUGUCCUGUCCCUCACUGACGCCGCUGGAUCUGCCAGGGCCACAUUCCCUCCUUCAGGUAUCGCCCACUCAGGGUCUGGAAGAUGAUGCUCUGGUCUGUGCUUCGUGGGUUGAGAGAGGAGCAGCUCUGGGCGAUGGGGCACUGGGGGGGGUUGCUGAUGCCCCAUGGUCCUUUGGCACCCCAUACGGGUGGGACUGGAGAGCCCCGGUCCCUCUGGACUGUCACUCUGGGGUCUGUGCUGUUGGGGUCACGGCCAAAGCCCCGGGGAGCAGGAGGGCACCCCAAAGGGAGAGCACAGGGCAGUGCUGGGCUCUGUCCCUGCCAUGCCACGGUGUCCUUGGGCAAGUGUCAGGCCUCAGUUUCCCCACCUGCAAAGGGCUGGGUGCUCUGGCUGAGGCUGUCUUGGAGCAUCCCGGUGGCUGUGGGGUCCAGGUCCCCUCUGCCAGCAGGGAGCACCGCUCCUGUGGGAUGCUUGUCCUUGGAGGGCAGGGGAAAUGGGGAGGUUUGGGGGGGACCGACAGUGCUGGUGAUGUCUCCAGCCCCCAGCACUGGUGGUCCCUGCGCUCUGGAGCAAGCGGCCACCCCAACUCCUGAGACAUCCCCAGGCUCCUCUGUGCCUGCUUGUGCAGAGUUAACCAUUGUCCUAGACCCUGUCCCACCCCAGCAAACCCCCAGGAAUGCCGGAGAGGCCUUGGAUCCCCCUGGGGGGGCUGUGGUGGGUUGGGGUCAGGCCACCAUCAUGCAUCCCAACAAGGAAACUCCACCGAGGGGGAUGCAGAUGCAUGGGCAGUUGUGAUGCUGGGAUCUGCUCCUCUGUGUCAGGUCAGGUCACGGGUCUCUUUGCCGUCAGCAGGAGCCCAAAGCACCCCCGUCGCCAUCCUGGGGUGCUGGGUGCUCAGCGCUGGCACUGCAGCAAGCCCCACCCUGAGCACUGGCCUAGCAGCAUCUCCCUGCCUUGCUCCCAUCACCUGGCACAACCAGGGUCCAGCCCUGAGAGGUGCUGAGCACCCACUGCUUGCAAAGGCAGGGCCCUGCCCCUCGGGCAGCCUCAGCUGCUCUUCCCGCCUCAGUACCCUGAUUCCAGGGGGUGACGAUGGCUUCCCGUAGGGCAGGAUUUGGCCUCAGAUGUGCGGUGCUGGGGCCAUUCUCAGGCAGGGCACGGCACAGGGAUGUUGUGGGGGAAUGAGCUCCAUAGGGUUGAUGGUGGGCUUGGAGUCCUGCUGCUGGCAAAAACAAGAGAGACGUUGCAUGAGGUGGCCCUUGGGGAAAGGGGCAGCAUGGGCCCCUGGCAUCUGCUGAGGGAGGUCUAUGCUGGGCAGUCUGGCCCUUCUGUGGUGUGGGCUUUGCCUUGGCAGGGUACUCUGUGGUGGCAUCACCUCAGCAGGAUGCUUUGCAGUGGCAUUGCCUUGGUGGGGUACCCUGCAGUGGCAUCACUGUGGCAGGAUGCUCUGUGGUGGCAUCACCUCGGCCUGGUGCCCUGCAGUGGCAUUGCGGUGGCAGGAUGCUCUGCUGGCACAGCCCUGGCAGGACACCCUGCAGAGACAUUGCUGUGGCAGGAUUGGGGGGAUACCCUGAGCCCCCUCCCUGUGCCCAGGAGCUGCCAUGGGGCUCGUGCCCCCUGCACACCCCCAAACCGAGGGGCUCCCGCAUCCUCCUGCUGCGGUUUCAUGCAGAAGAAUAAUUACCACUGAGCAAGUCGCUGGCCUGACCCAGGCCGAGCGUCCCUGCGUGUGCUGCAGCCCCCCCGCCCAGGCUGCUGCUCUGUAGGGACUGGUCCCUAAGGGGGACACAGCUGCUAGCCCACCUGUUCCCAAGAUUUUGCAGGGAAAUAUUUAAAAUAAAUGAUUUUAUGAAAAGGUUUCGGUGAUUUUUAUUUUUCCUUUAAAUCAAGCAUUUCUAUGAAAUAGUAUUUAUUGAUCACCUCAAGUCUGGAGCACUUUAUGGGAGUGAGCCCUCAGGUCUUGUGCUGCUCUGCAGAGCUCAGGAGGGGUCGGCACCCCCCCAGCUGCAGGUGGGGAAACUGAGGCAGGGUUUGCUCAGAGAUGCAGGAAGCAGGGACAGCGUUUGGCUCACGUAAUGACCUCCCCUCUCCUGGCCCACCUCAGACCACAGCUCGCUGCCAACACCUCCGUACCUCUCCCUAAAUGUAUUUGCUGGAUCUCUUGGUGCCCUGGGGUGCUGAAACCCCGACACCCCAAUGACGUAUUUGACUGAGGUUUUGGAUUUUGACAGGACAACGACCUUCUCCCUUCCCUUCAUCACUUAAUUUAUAUUUAUAUUGCCGUUCUUCAUCCUUUCCCAGUCUGCAGAUGUGGUAUUCCAAGACAGAGAGCUGAGGCGGGCAGAGCAGGCAGCAGGGAAGCCGUGCCCACCUGGCUACGCCGAGAUGGGGGAAAUGCUGCCAUCAAACCUCCCCAGGAUUUGUUUUGCUUUGGUUUUCCCUCUUCCCCCUGGGAGCAGCUGAACUGCAGGAAUUUCCGGAGGGUUUUGGACCCUGGUUCCUCCCACCCUGGGCUCACUGGGAGGAAACUUGGUCCAGUUUGAUGGAGAAGUGACCCCCCUGCACCUUCAUGGGUGGAGGAGGUUUGGGGGCAUUUCAGAGAAAGCAAAAUCCAGUUUUAUUUUCGAGGGAACUCCCAAAACCUGGGAGUUUUUGGGGUAGUGGUCCUCCCAGUGUGUUCGCCCAGCUCGAGGCAUCCUCAUGGGUCUCCAUCCUCCUCCCAUGCGGGCAGGGGGAAAGGUGGAAAGUGAGGCAGGGAGGCCAUGGGCUGCCUUGCAAUGCGAUGGGAAGCCCUUUCUGCCAAUUUAAACCCAAAUGCUGCUUUCACAAAGGCUCCAAACCUGAUCCAAAGCUGCUGCUUCUCCAAAGUUUCUUCUCCCAAAGCAAACAGCCCCAGCGAAGCUGUCCUGGCGGGGUGGGAAGGUGCCGUGGGGAAGCCAGCUCGCCCCAGCCUGCCCCGCUCCGCUCGCCUCCGGCAGCUCCUUGUAUGAUUGGAAAAAACAUAAAGGUUAAAAAAAAAAAAAAAGUACUGGA